AUGAAUAUGAGUGCUGGUGCGUAUAAACGCGUCAAAGCAGGGCCCAAGAGUGUUAAGAGCAGGACUCCACCACAAGUCAAACUCCUCGUCUGUGAUCGCGUCCAUGUGGUGCCACUUAUGCCGACCCCCCUUCUCCGCUCUGAGAAAGUAGCAGCAACUGGUGCAGCAUUACUGUUUUGA